AUGGCUACCAAGAAUGCCGAGUUAGACUUCUCGAGGCAGCCCCGCCCAACUUCACUACGCUACAGGCAGAAACGUAGCCAAGUCGCCAGAGCCUGCGAUGGAUGCCGCGCGCACCGUAUCAAAUGCGACAACAACUUUCCUUGCUCAAAUUGUGAGUCCCGUGGUAGGCACUGCAGCAAUGAUGGGACGGCCAGAACGUCGACCCUUUCGCAGGCUCACGAUGAGAUCGCACGGCUGAAGAAGAGAGUCGAAGAGCUGGAGGCAGAACUGCAGCGUGGACAGGACAAGCAGUAUCCUCACCAACAAGCUACCCCAUCGGACUCCUCUUCAUCUGAUCUCGCCAACCUCGAAAGCCAUGAUCCCAAGUCAGCUCCGCAAAAGGUUCAUUGGCAAGGUAUAGCAAUUCGACCGACUCGCUCACCAAACGAGACUUGGUACGGAGCGUCAUCACUAUACUAUUACAUUCAUCGCUUGAGCACUUAUUUGAGCUCAACUUCUCGAGAAACAAGUUCUGCAAAUAGCAUGCUACCUGCUUCGGCCAAUACAGGCAAGCUUCUAGGAAGAUCAGCAAACGAGCCCGAGGACACGGUGCGAUCUCUCAAACUUUCAGCAGAUGGCUCAACAUCCGAUGGGGUUUAUCUCAGUCCGAUCCAGGAGGGAUAUUUCAUCAGCCUUUUCUGGGAAACCUACCACACAUCAGUCCUCCCCAUCAUAAACGAGGCGCACUUCAAGGAGCACUAUCAGUCUUUGUGGGCAGAGUCUGGGGCUACGCGCAGACCGUCAGCGCUGGUCGACAUUGUCGUUGCAAUCGCGAUGCAAGUUGGCAUCGCCGCGCUGCCGUCCGAUCAGCAGGGUGCGCUCGCAGCGGAUGCGGAUGCCACCAUUGCCGGUCGGUGGCAUUAUCGCCGUGGGCAAAUGCUACUGUCGCUCGAGGCCGAGAGUCCUACCCUAAGCACCCUGCAGUGUCACUUGCUUUGUAUAUGUUAUCUUUGCGGAGGUUCGUUUCAUAACAUGGUUGACAUGGCUUGCUCUCUUUCCGUGCGAACCGCACAGAUUUUGGGCCUCCACGUGGAGAGUUCCGAUAUGCCGGAACCGGAGCGCCAACUGCGGCGACGUCUAUGGUGGGCCGUAUACUUGGUGGAUAGCAAGGUCGGAAUGAAGCUAGGCCGACCGUUUCUCCUCCGGGACGACUAUGCGAUGCCCGAAAUGCCCAGUGACCGCUUCGAUGCCGCCAACACUUCAGGUUCCACCUUUACACCUCUUGGCCAAAAUGCUACCUGGCUAAGCUUCAACCUCGAAAUGACCAAGCUAUACAUGAAGGUGCGACAAGCUCACACUGCAUUUUAUGGCAAAGAGACAUGUGCGCACACCAGUCAAGGCAUAUGGGACGAUGACCAAGUUUUGGAAGAGUAUGCUAGAUUGCUCUCUUCCCAUACUAACGGCCUCGACCAGUGGGCUACUUUGGUCCCCGCCGAGCUCAAAACGAAGCGACGGACUGGUGGUAAACCGUUCUUCGAUGAUGGUUCAUUUCUCGAGGUUGAACACUUUUCCCCAGCGUGGGUUCAGCGGCAGAGAGUAUUGUUAGAGCUUACCUACCAUCAUCUUUGCGUCAAUCUGUACCGACCAUUCAUCUCCUUCGCCGCCAGGCCAGUGAUGGACUCGGAAGCACAGAGAGUCGCAACGCGAUGCGCCGUACACGCGAUAUCAUUUUCGAAUAUCGCACAUCAGAUUCUCUCAACGACUCCCAUCCUCAACGGUUGGCUUGAGACAUUCCAAGGGCAAUGGAGCUCGGCCAUGACGCUGAUUGGGUUCGUGCUAAUGUAUCCUCAUGGGCCCAUGGUAUCAGUAGCCAGGGCUGGCAUCGAUCAUAGCAUCGCAGUUUUUGACAUUUUCGGAGCUAGCUUCUCGGUCGCGGCAGAAGCAGCCAGGAUCACACGUGAAUUGUGCAACAAGGUUGACGCCAUUGUGGCGCAACGCAGACCUCGGCAUGAUACACUGCCAUCAUCGCUCGAUCCAAUAUUCCCAACAUCAGAUGCAGAUACAAAUUCCAUCUGCGGUAAUGUGGUGAUUGAUCAUGGUCUGAUGAGCCUUGAUGCGGUCGACAGUGCUUUCAGCAUCCAAAACAACCUGGACGGACUGGGUCCUGGCCUGUUUGACAUGGCACUGGACAUUGAAUUCUGGGCUGACCUUGACAUGCUAUGGCCACAGGCGGAAAUUCCGACUGUACCAUGA